AUGCUGACAAAUUUUUUUGGCUCUCUCUGUCUCUCUGGCUCUCUGGCUCUCUGGCUCUCUGGCUCUCUGUCACUCUGUCUCUCUGGCUCUCUGGCUCUCUGGCUCUCUGUCACUCUGUCUCUCUGGCUCUCUGGCUCUCUCUCUCUCUCUGUCACUCUGUCUCUCUGGCUCUCUGGCUCUCUCUCUCUCUCUCUCUCUCUCUCUCUCUCUCUCUCUCUCUCUCUCUCUCUCUCUUUCUGUCUCUCUUUCUUUGCAGUUUUAUCGAUUUUUACGGCGAUUUUUUUCGAGAUUAUUCGACUUCUGUGCUCCUGUGCAUUGUGUACCGCGGCCGACCCCUGUCAUCCCCUGUCAUCACUGUCUCAUCCCUGCCUGUCAUUACUGUCUUUCUCGCUACCGCACAGCUCCCAAAAGAUUGUAAAAAGGCAACAUGGGAAGAAAGGCUGGGAUGAAUGGAUAUCUGAUCGAUUCACGCCAGUAGCAGAGGCCUAA